GGGUGGCGGGAAAAUGUCGUUCCUCUCUUUUCUUUUUUUCCACGUGCGAUGGAUUGCGGCCGCAAUUACGUGAUGUAACGCGAUAAAAGCCAGAUAAAAGACACUCGCGAGUCUUCCCGAUCGCCAGGCGGAUUGUCAGUCGCGCGACGAUAUCAUUAGAAACUGUCAGUCGUCGUGAACCGGUGACAAACAAGCGGAUAAGAGAAACACCGUCAUCAUCAUUAUCAUCGUCGGUUCGAGCGAGCUCAGGUGGAAAUCACCCAGACAUCAUCAGAUCGGACAUUUAUCGAGUUAAGAAGAAGAAAAAACGUUUUUUAUCAUCCACGACGAAAAUAUGGCAACCGAUUCGUGCAAGAUCAAACCGAUUUCUAAGGACAUAGGCCGCAGGAACGUCAUUCCUAUAAUCCACGUUCGAGGAACGCACUAUGAGAUUGGCUUCGAUAUAGGGCGCACUUUCGCCAAGAUGAUCCAGGAUUUCGUGAACAUUUACACACCGCUGAACGAAACCUAUCUACCUUUGUUUGCCACCGAAAAGGGCAAGAAAGUUUACGAGGAAACCCUUAAUGCGGUAAAAAAACAAUUCCCUCAAUAUGUGAGGGAAAUCGAGGGAACAGCUGAUGGUGCGAAUGUACCCUUUUACAAGCUGUUUCUAAUGCAUCUGGAUGACAUUAUUUCAAACGUCACGGUCGGAACCCUGGGAAACUCGCUUCCAGUCGGCUGUUCAACUAUAAUAUGCAAUCACCUAGGACAUGAGAUUCUAGGUCACAACGAAGACGCCCUCGCGGAGACCUUGAAUCACUGGUACCUGGUGAGCGCCCAUGUGAUCGAGGCCGGUUACCAGGAGGAGAAGUUCACGUCAUUAAGCUAUGCUGGUUUCCUGCCGGGUUACACGAUGGGCUACAACCAUCAUGGUUUUGUUUUCAGCAUCAAUACCCUGAGUGCCCGUGUCCUACGAUCCGGCAAGACUCCGCGAUACUUUUUGACGCGGGCGCUUCUGGGCGUGAAGAACUUCGUGCAGGCGCAGCAGAUCCUGAGGAACGAGGGCUACGGCGCGGCGGAGGGCUUCUCGGUGAACAUGACGUUCCUCGCACAGGAGGGCGAUCGGAUGUUUCACAACGCCGAGGUGGGCCCGGCCGAGGCGAACGGCGUCAGGUCCCAGCUCAACAUCCUGUCUGUUAGUCCGGGCGAGAACACAUCGCAUUGUAACAUGUAUCUGCGUCUGAAGGUGGCAGAGGUGGAAGGAUUAAUCAUAAAGAGCAGCAUCCAUAGGACGAAGGCGAUCCGCAAGCAUCCAUUGCCCAAAUGUCGCCAGGAUGUGAUCGACAUACUUAGUGAUCAGACGGACAAUGAGUUCAGGGUGUAUCAGGAAAUCAACAGCAACGAUCGCGUCAAAACAAUCGCCACUGGUAUCUUCGACUGCGUCGAACGAACGUGGUCCAUUUACACGGAUAAGCCUCAGUGCAACGAGCCAAUUCUGGUAAUACCUAUGCAGCUUCGAGACUCUGCGACUUUGCGAUGCAGCAACGGGAAGAAAUAAAGCUCUGUUGCCUCUCAUCUCGAUCGGAUUUCCAUCACCGUCGCUCGAAUCACGAGUGCAGUUGUUCGUAUUAAGUUGGCGCCUCAUUAUGCGCGUAUUCUUAAUCUGCAAUUCCUCAUUUGUUAUUAUAAAUCAUCUAUUCACUGUUUACGAAUUACAUAUGAUCGCGAAUACGCGCAUAAAUCUAAUGCUAGCUUUUGCAUAAUGACAUACAUAUAUAUAAUAAAUAACAUAAUAUAUAGGAUAUAUUACAUAAUA